GAAGAUGCCAAAUUAUCAUCAGGUUCAAUAAUUCGUCAAAAGAGUCCUUUCAUGAAUGGUUCUAUUUUCCAGGUGACAGAAUCUCAGUCAAAAUUUAAUCCAGAGAUUCCUCCAGCUGCUAAAUCAGUAAUGCGAAAAUUAUUGGCUG